AUGGCCAAGACUACUACUACUACUGCUACGAACCAACAAACUAGCCCUACCGCAAGUUCUAGUAAAGGAGUCGGUCACGGUGGACAAAAACAACAUCGAACCAAUUUAACAUUAUCAUCAGCAUCGUUUACUACACCACCAAGUCAUCUGAAUAGGUUACCUUCUAAUAAAAUCAAAUUACCAACUCAAUCUUCAACUAAUCCUAAUAAUAUCUUUCCUACUUCAUCAUCUUCACCUGUUCGACCGACUCAUAACCAUCAACAUAACUCACCACAUCGUCGACGUUCAAGUCUCACACCUCCAAGUGAAUCUCAUUCACUUCAUAAUCACUCUAUCAACCCCGUCAAUCUUAUUACUCCUCAGAACGAAGAACUUCAACCCUUGGCCCCUUCUUCACCGAAAGCUCGAAGCUUGCUCUCUCGUCAAAUCACAGAUCAUAUCAACUAUCAAUCACAUUCACCUAUCAAACCUAACUUCAAUCAUCAAUCUCACAUUGAAUCCACACCUCAUCAUCAAUUAUCAUCACCUUUUCAAGCAGUGAUCUCGCCCCGUUCUAAACUUCCACAAUCCGAUCAACUAGCAUUUCACGUCACUCAAACUAUGAACUCACCUACCAAAACCAAACAUCCAAAUACUGAGAUGAAGACAGAACUUUCUCCUGCAAGACGUAUGGUACAAGAAGACGAGUUUUCAGAUUCAUCAUCGGAUCUUGAAGUUCAACCUCCUAACCCUUUCCAGACAACACCACGUCAAUCAACUUCAGCCAAGUUUGAACAACUGCUUUAUGCUCGAGAUUCACCUGGUUCAACUCGUGGAAGUCCUAAGUCUAAAACCCCGAUAGUUUCCAAAACAAAAGUAUCAGACACAGUUGAAGAUGUAGAUCCAGAUCAACUUCCUUCAACUUACAUUAACUUAUUAACAUUACAUACUGCUCUUGAACGCGCAUUGUUGUUACAUCUUGCAACAGAAGGAAGUCAUGCAACACUGACUACUGUUCAUAAACCCUCAACCAAACUGACCUCGGAUAAUCGAAUGCGUACACCUGAACCAGAAGCAGAAAAGGAGAUUCAAACCUUUAGAUUAUUAAAUUUGAUAUCUUGGUCAACUUUAAGACCUAUGGUAGAAAGAGGGUCAGGAAAAAGUUUUACCGAAAAAGAAUUAUCUCAAUUACUUUGGAUUUGGCAAAAAGAAGAAACAACCAAAAAAGAAGCAACAGCAGAGGAAGAAGAGGAAGAAAUUCAAGUAGGAAUGGGAUUUAUUAUUUCUAGAUUAGAAUCAAAUCGAUCAUUUGGAUUGGGAAUAGAAUUACAAGUCAAAGAAAAUUUACAAUUACCCACCUUAAGUUUAGUAUCACCAAACCGAUCGAAAUCCAAAUCCAAAUCUUCAAACCCAAAAUCACCAAAAAAAACUUUAAACUUAUCGACACAAAUUCAAACUUCACCAAACCAUAAGCUAAAAAAUAAUAUGAAAUUAAUUUCAUUAUGGACAAGUCAAGUAGAAGAAAGAAAAAAAGAAGUUUCAAAAAGGUUAAAAAAGUUAUGGAGAUCUAAGAAAUCGAAUUCAAAACCAAUUGAUCAAGAUCAACAGCAAUGGUUGAUUCCUCCAAUUCCUUGUGCUUCUUUACCUUCAUUUAUUGAUCCUAUAAUCAAGUCUAAAAAACGGGUUUGUAUCAAAGCUAAAGAAGCAGCUGCAAAGAAUAAAGCAGCUUCAUCAAAGAACCUUGAUGGAGGAAUUGGAUCAAAAACUCCAACCAAUAGAACUGACGAAUUAAGGAAAAAAAAGUUAAUUGAAAGUAUCUUUAUGGUAUUUUCUUCAUCUGAUCCAUCAAAAAGUUUGAUCAUGUCACUUGAAGAAUUAUCAAAAGUAAUCACCAAAAGUUCAAGAAUUUCACUUUCAGAGGGAGAAGCAAUUGAAUCAAUUAAACUUUUACAGUCGAUUUGUCCUGAUUUAAUUGAAUUUAAACAAAUAGGAAAUCAAGAAUGGAUUCAAGUUUUAAAAGAAUUUAAAAACCAAUUAGACAGAUCAAAAAAAUUAGUUAAGGAUGAAUUAAUCAAGAUGAAUUAAGUUUUUUUUAAUUCUGUCUUUAAUUGGUUGAACCAAAAAAUAAUUGGACAUUAACAAUGAAUUGGUUGAAGGAAACGAAAAGAGGUUUUUGAGGACACUUAUUGAGUGUAAUUUCUAUAUAUUUUGGAUAUCAUUAAUUGGCUAUAGAAAAAGAUAACAGAUGAGGUAUAUUGGAAUGUGGAUUAGUUUAAAAUUUUUGAAGGUCUUGUGUAUCUUGUAUAUAUCACUCUGUAUCAUCAUCUUAUCUGGUCAAGAGAACUCAGCUUAUGUUGGACAUCUCAUU